AUGGGCUUCUUCCGCCGCAUGUUUGCCUUCUUGGAAGAAGGUUCACACCAUGCCUUGUCCAAGGGCAAGCCAAGCCGAAGUCUUAUGAGCGCCGCUGUCGCCCUCAACAAGAUGGGUCGUAGGCCAUCUUCCAAUAGCUUCCGAGGAGAAAAUGUGGCUUCCAACAGCCUCACGACUACUCGAUGCCACGCUGCCACUUGCGAAGGCAGCUCCGAAUCCAUCUCGAAUCACUCUGCGACUGCCACAGCCCAAGACGAAAGCCAGCUUUGCGUCCUGAACGAUGCGAUCGACUUUGAGCCCGAGAAGCAGCUCGCUAUUCGUAUUCUGAGAUGCAGAGUCCCAUCCACAAUGAGCCCUCGCUCCUCCAUUGAGUCCAUCAGCCCUGUCAAGGUUCACGAGGCUGUCUACGUCAAGAGCUCGAACAAAGAAAGAUUUCCCGCUUAUCCAAGCAUCUCUGGCUUGGAGCCUUUCCCGCUGCUUAAUGCAGGUUCCCGUCGCACAGUCAAGAGUAAGCAGAAGGUUUCUGGCCUUUCCGAUCUGUACCAGGGUCAGGCGUUCCCUCCUAUCGAGCAUCUUCUUACCAAGCCAGAGAGGCAACGAAUCCGACAAGUCUCAGUCUCUCAUGUAUCGACAAUCAGCUCAAGCUCCCUUAGUAAACAAUGUGAUCUAGACGAAAACGUUUUUGUCAGAUUCCCGUCUUUUGAGCAGGCUGGGGUGAAGCAGCUCGGCGAACUCCUCGAGCACGAAAGCCGCUUUGCUAAGUACCAUGAAGAGGAUGACGAUUGCAAUGAGUGGGGCAUCCAGUGCGGUGGCAUCGACGAAGCUGCGGUCUCGUCGAAGAGACACCCCAACAUCGUCAACUACGAGAAUUACAUCGACGACAGUGUGAUUCAACAGAUCUAUGAAGAUCUUCCCGAGGCCGAGAAUGCCGAUUUCAAGACUGCCACAAAGUCGGCUCGCAACUUGCGAUUUGGCAACUACACCACCGGCAAGUAUGUGAAGAUCAGGUCGGAGCAGGAUGAUGGCGUGUCGAAGCCGCAAAAGAAGCCGGGCAAGUGGGUUGCUGGUCUCCUUCAUGCAUUGCGAUUACGGGAGCAAAGGUUUCUAGAUGAUUACAACCGUCUUCCUCCAUCCUUGAUGUUUCUGUAA